GUGAUUGGUUGAUCGUUUGCUUCGUUUAGCGUUUGCUUUUCGUGAGCUCUACGCUUGGCUGGAGGUGUGUGUAAGCUCGUGUGGCUUUUUAUAUUUUGUGGUAGAUCUAUUUAUUGUGACAGAAAAAGAUACUUAACAAUGUCGUCAAAAACGAAAAAGACUGUAACAUCGUCGUCUAAUAUAAGUGUGGUGUCUUCUGUGCAAAGCCCGCAGCAGUCGAGCACUCCUGUGGGAAGCCGCCCUUCUAGUUCAGCCGGCCGGCCGAAUAGCCCACUUAGCCCUACUCGACACAGUCGUCUUCAAGAGAAGGAUGCUCUUCAAAACCUCAACGACCGCUUGGCAGCGUAUAUUGAUAAAGUAAGGCAGCUAGAAAGCGAGAAUUCUGGUCUGCGUCGGGAGAUUCAAACCACUCAGGAGGUCGUGACACGCGAGGUCUCCAAUAUCAAGGGGAUUUACGAGCACGAAUUACAAGACGCCCGGAAGCUUUUAGAUGACACAUCGCGUGAGAAAGCUAAGUUGGAAAUUGAUCUGAAGAGGUUAUACGAGGAGAAUGAUGAUCUAAAGAAACGCUUGGACAAGAAGACUAAAGAUUGUCAACAAGCCGAGAACUUGGCGCGUCAUUAUGAGACGCGUUACGCUGAAGAGAGUAACAAGUACAACACAGCUCUUGCGGACAAGAAGAAAGCACAAGAUGAAGCCAGGGAGCUGGGCAAAGAGUUGGAGAAGUUGCGUAAGGUGUACGCAGACACUCGUAAGACCUUGGAAGAGGAGAUGCUGUGCCGCAUUGACAUGGAGAACACCGUACAGAGCCUGCGCGAAGAGCUCUCUUUCAAGGACCAGGUGUUCCAACAGGAGCUGCAGGAAACUCGCACCAGGCGCCAAGUGGAGAUCUCCGAAAUCGAUGGUCGUCUGGCUCAGCAGUACGAAGCUAAGUUACAGCAAAGUCUCCAAGAGCUGCGCGAGCAGCAGGAGGCUAACAUCAAAGCCAACCGCGACGACAUCGAAGCUCUCUAUGAAAACAAGAUGAAGAAUCUUCAAACCGCUGCAAAUCGCAACAGCACGGCAGCCACUGUAGCAGUAGAGGAGUUGCGCACCAUGCGCACGCGCAUUGACACCCUCAAUUCUACCCUCAAUGAGCUGGAGAACAAGAACGCCGCACUUAGCAACCGUUGCCGCGAGCUGGAGCGGCAGCUGGAGUCUGAGCGCGCGCGUCACGCGGAGGACCUGGCGUCGCUGGAGCAGGAGCUGGCGCGUCUGCGGGACGAGAUGGCCGCGCAGCUGCGCGAGUACGCCACGCUCAUGGACAUCAAGAUCUCACUCGACUACGAGAUCGCCACCUACCGCGCGCUGCUCGAGGGCGAAGAGGAUAGGUUAAACCUGACGACGCAGUCCCCGGGGCGCGAGUCCCGCGCGUCGGGCGCGGCGUCAGUGAGCGGCGGGCGCGGCACCCCCGCGCGCCGCAACACGCCGCUGCGCGCCGCCCGCAAGCGCACGCUGCUGGACGAGACCGAGGAGCGCAGCCUCAACGACUACAGCGUCACCUCCAGCGCCAAGGGGGACCUCGAGGUCGCCGAGGCCUGCCCCGACGGCGGCUUCGUCAAGAUCAGGAACAAGGGCAAGAAGGAGCUGAGCCUUGGUGGAUACCAAAUCGUCCGCAAGGCUGGUGAUCAAGAGACCUUGUUCAAGUUCCAUCGCACAGUAAAGUUAGAGCCCGGUGCAGUAGCUACCGUGUGGUCGGCCGACUCCGGUGUGGACCACGACCCACCACGCGACAUUGUCAUGAAAGGCCAAAAAUGGUUCGUUGCCGACUCGUUCACAACCACUCUGCUGAACACCGAACAAGAAGAGGUUGCGGUCUCGGAAAGACAGCGGAGACAAAUCAGUACAAGCGCACAGCGACACCGCGAACUCGCGCAUAAAUAUCCUCGUCGUGAACAGCUUGGUGAACUUCGUGAGGGAGAAGAGAACUGUCGUAUAAUGUAACCAAAGCCUCGUGGAUCCAGAGUCGGCUAGGCCGUACUCCACAAUUCGGUGCCUCAAGCUUCACCAGGAGCUAUGGUCUCUGCCCUGUGGGCAAUUUCAACAUAACGUAACAACAGUUCAAUACACAGGUUUUCAUUUCUACACCAAUAGAAAACAUUUUACUUUUGAUGAAAUUCAUAGUAAAAGUAAUUUUCUACUUAAUACUGAAUUAGAUAAAAAGUCUUUAUUAAUGUUAAAGAAUGCAGUUGCUAUAUGUAAAGUUGGUGCAGUCGUGAAUAAACUUUAAAUAUUGUCUAAAAGGCAUAUAGCUAAAACCUAGUAGGCACAAAUUGUGUAUGAAACAUUAUGUUGAAUAAAGUUUUAAGACUGUUUAAUUAAAUUGCCAGAUGUAAUGAAUACACAGAAACCGACAAAUCGCCAUUAAAUAAAUUUAUACUGGUUGUAUAAAACAUUUGCUAUGUGCCUUUUAGACAUUUGACUGAACUUUAAAUGCCUUAUAUGUAUUUGUCUAAACUCCGAAGGUUUAUGUUUCGUUUUGUCUCUGGUCAAAGUAUAAAUAAGUCUAAAGCACUGUAUCCUGUGGCUUUCUGUAAUUUAAAAUAUAAGCAGUGAACAAAGUACAAAAAAUCCGUUCACUUAUUGGUGAGGCAAUUGGAAUCCUUCAAAGACAAACAUGAACACAACGCACAACAAAAGCAAAUAGUUUUAAAUUUGAAAGAGUUGCUAAAAUUUUUAUUGCAAAAUAAUUAGAUUACUUUUAAAAAAUCACAUCGUUCUUUGGGGGAUUACAAUUUCUAGGGGGUAAGUAUAGAAUUAAAGUUGUUUAUUUUCUCCCACCCUCUUCAUUGAAUUAGUUAUUAAGAAAUUUAUAUCCAUAAAAUAAUUUAAAUAUCCUUCAGAUAACGAGUUCAUUCAAUAAUUGUAGAUUAAAUCUACUAAUAAUAUCAUUAUUCUUAGUGACCUUGGACUAGAUAAAUCACUGUUUAGGUUAAGUUUUAGUUGACUAUCACAAACAAACGAUGGCGAUUUAGAUUAAGCGUUUGUAUAGGCAUCCAUUGUAUUUUACGAAUUCAACAAAUUAGGGAUGCUGUAAUGAUAAAUAUAUUUUGUUUGGAGUUGUGCCGAGUCCAUAGAAAUAAAAUUGCAAUAAAAAAGGAACUCUAGAA